CAGAGAUGAACAUUUGUGAAUGUUCUUGUAAACACGUCUUACUUGGAGCCAUCAUCGGAGUUCUUCUUCUAUUUAAUAUCAUUCUCGUUAUCCAUGUGGUUUGGAUUCACAAAAAAGGUAAAUGAUUCUUGGUUUUCCUUGAGGUGCCAUCUAAUUCUCUUAUGCACCUUUUGUUACGUAACGUUGCCCUCAUCUUUUAUUUUUUUCCUUUUGAUAGAAACUGCGGCAAAGCAAAGGUGAGUCUUAUUUCCUUUGGGAUUGAUUUGUUAAGCGGCUCUAUCCAGUAAGACGAGGGAUUGCUCUCUUUAGAAUAAAGCAUUUGUUACACCCACAAUGAUAACUGAAAUGCUAAAAAGGAUAUUCGGAUUUUAUUUUAGGUUCUUUCUGAUGCUCUAUGACUCGCAAAAAAAAAAAAAAAAAAAAAAUGAAUGACACGACAAAUAAGUUUCAGUAUCAGUAUGAACAGCUGGUUGGACAAUUAAUAAAAUUCUCUCUGAGUUUUACACAUUUUAAUUUAGUAGUAUUUGACGUUGGUAGAAUCUUCAAUUUGUCGUUUUAAUCAUGUAUUUGUAGUUUUCAUUAGGACUAAUUUUCUUUAGCUUUUUAGACUUGACUUAGACACGACCGCCACAACCACGCUGAACUUUUAUCGUGUAUAAGUAAAUGCUUUUAAUGUCAUCACUGUAGUCAUUAUCAUCAUAAUAAUGUAGUUUUAAGACGGAAAAAGUUGUUAUAAUGACAUAAAAGGACUGACUACAAAUUUGCACUUGUGACAAUACAAGUACAAACAGUUAUAAACAUAACAAAGACUUAACCCUCACAUUUUGUUUUAUUUUAGACCAUAUGAAGACAGCAGAGAAGUAUAUGAUGUGAGGAAAGUUCUGAUUAUUUGUAAAUUUCUACUUUUCCAAUUGUUAGACUCUUUUAGACUUAACCUUAGAAAAAAAAGACCCUUAGCGUUAAAAUAUAGCCGGGCGAUGUUUCGCCGACUUAAAAGGUAGAAAAGAUUCGUUUCUUUUUCUUCAUCUUAGAACGAAAUGCCGAUGAAAGAUCAGGAGGGCGACCGCUCAGAUGCAAGACAUUUUAUCCAGCCUCGCGCAGAAUACAUGGAUCUCAAAGAAAUAAGUACUGAACGCAAUACCAAAGAACAAAGCGCUCAUCACGUGGCUGAUUACGCGCCACUUCAUCCAUCAACACGCUCUUGGGAGGUUCCAAGGGAUCAAGUGUCUGUAGAAAAAAUCAUUGGUAAAGGUGCUUUUGGUCAGGUUGCUCAGGGAACAGCAGAGCAAUUCCGAGAAAGGUCUGGGACAGCUACAGUGGCCAUUAAAAUGCUCAAAAGUAUGAUCCUACAUAUCUUAAAAAUUGUUUAUAUUCUGCUGAAAUUUUUCGUGUAUUAAAAAGUCAACGCGUGUGGGUAUGAAAUGCUAACUUUGUGUAACCUACACAAAGGUAGUCAUCUAUAACUCAUUGAAUGCGUGUACUGAGACAAACGUGUGUGACAAACAUUGGAGUCAUUCUUCUUCGUAAGAAAUCAGAGAAUGCGUGAGUCACUGCAUUUUGCUGGGUCCCUUGAAAAUUGAAAACGUGUGUGUUAAGACUUAAAUAUCAAUUUGCACCGCUUCCGCUGUUCUUUAAAUACUUUCUUUCUUCUAACUCGAAAUUUGAAUGAUCGAAUUUUGAAUGUAGUUUUGGAAGUCAAAACAAAAAGAAUCGUUAACAUAGAUUCCUACAUUAAAUGGCAUCACAAUUAUAAGUGCUUCGAUGAAUAAGAAAAGUUGAUCUGUUCCUAGAAAUCGUUGCCUGGUAUGUAACAAAAUUUUUCAUUCAAGGGCACCAUUUGCCUGUGUUCGAAAACAACAAAUUCAGUGAUCACAGAAUAUCUCUCCCACAAGUAGAUAGGUUUCUCUAUUUCUCGUUCCUUCCAGCAUUUCGAUUUCAAUGGCUUGCUCUUCUUGAAAUGAAGGUGAAAGUCAAUGUUUAAGUUCUCGGGCAUGCUGCGUUGAAAUUGUAUCACACAAAAGUAAGAUUAAGUGAAGGGCGAAUUGUUAAAGCGAAUGAUGUUUGAACGCUCAACUUUGGAAUACAAAUCCCAACAGCGAUAGCAUUAUUGUGAAAGAGUACACGCAAGUGCGUGCAGUGAAUGGCAAGCAAGUUAAAAUACACGUAUUUGCAUAUAAAUGCAAACCAAUACAAACCAACGUGUAUUUUUCCUACUGCACGUCCUUUACUUUACGAAGUCCAUUCAAUUAAUACUUAUUACUCACGCUUGACGCACGCGUGAAAUGCUGUAGCACACGCAAAAGGUACUGUAAAUUUUACCUCGGCUUCCUCUAUCAAGUGACAUUUUACCGAAAAGAUCCCAUACUAAUGAAUGGCGCUGACGAAAUUAAAGCCUUUCAUAUUCUGCUGGUUUUAAUCUCUAGGUAACGCUGCGGAAUCUGACAAGAGAGAUUUGAUAGCGGAACUUGACACAAUGAAGCAGCUAAAACCACAUCCUCACGUCAUCAAACUUUUGGGAUGUGUUACGGAAUCUGGUGAGCUGAUUCAUGCAACUGUUUGCUUUAUUCGUGUAUGAUGUAACACUUCUGGAAAUUACUGGAAAACGGAGAUCAGGAGGUUGUCGUGUAGAGUUAACGAGGCUACUUUAGGGCCCUUUUUCUAAAUUAAAUUCAUUAAAAUUGGUUUCCUAUUCUUCACUUUCCUUAUUUAUAUCCCAACCGCUCUUCAGUGAUAGAGAUGUUGUCCGAUUCCUCAUAGUGAUUUAAGUGCCCCUUCCUCGUAACUUUUUUACCUGACAAUUUACCGUUACGUGGUUAAAUGAUAAGUUGCCUUACGAUGUAUGUCAUGUUUUACAAUGCAAUAGCGCCACAAGAAGUUUGAAAUCUUUUGAGAAUGAAAUUAUUUUUCUUUUCCAAAAAUGCAAACAUCAGUUACUUAGUGACCCAUCCCAACCCACCCAUCCCAAAAGGUAACUCUUGCGUGCGUAGUAUGCUUAAUAAAGUGUCCGUAAUAGCUUUGUUUAGCAGCUGUUUUAUGACAUUAACAUAAUUACCAAGCUGGUCAGACUGACCUAACAUAGUGUAAUCAAGGAUUGGUUAGGUACCAUAACUUUACUAUGAAAUGUAAAGAAACUCAUUAACGUAAAAUAAUCUUCAUCGUUUCUGACCUUUUUUCUUAGAGCCACUGUUGGUGUUGAUAGAAUAUGUACCUUUUGGAGAUUUGCUGGGUUACCUGAGAAAGAGCCGUGGACUAAAUGACACUUAUUAUAAAGACCCGGAUAUCAAACCACAAACAAACUUGAGAUCGCAGCAGCUGAUGAAGUUCGCAUGGCAAAUCGCUGAUGGCAUGAGUUACUUGUCGUCGAAAUCUGUAAGUUUAAGAAGUUUGGAACUACUUGUCAGAUUAAAUCAGAUAGAAUUGUAUAUAUAUAUAUAUAUAUAUAUAUACAUCAUAUUAUACAACCACUAAUAGUAUUCAAUGCCAUAAAAAUUUUGCUUUAUCAGUAGCCACAUGUAAUCUCAGACGGCCUAUUUUUUCUCCUUCCUGUUAGAUCAUCCAUCGAGACCUCGCAGCGCGUAACGUGCUGGUCGGAGAAAAUGAAACAUGUAAAGUAACAGAUUUCGGAAUGGCUAGAAAUGUGCAAAAGGAAAAUAUCUAUGAGAGAAAGACAAAGGUAAUAAGAAAGAAAUAGGUUUUGCUUCAGUACAUGACAUGUUUUCGUCAUGAGUAUGCUCUGUUCUGUUGUAAACCACGCAGGAGGCAGCUAGAUCGCGAAGGAAGUUCUACCUACUUCUUGAGUGCUCUAGCCGCUCUCCAAGUGCUUUACAACAGAACAGAGCGCAUUCAAGACUUCUUUCUUUGUUUCAUUAUAAAUCAUCCUUUAAAUUCCCCACGCAUUACUGUCAAUUUUCAAAACAAGCUUUAUUUCCAAAGCGAACAACAGUGUGGUCAGCAUACUCUAUACUCUCAUAAGGCACGCUACAAUAAGCUAAUCAGGAUCUUUGUUAGAAUGGUUCAAAUAAUCUGAUUGGUUGAACAAGACUAAAGCUGUCAAAAAGGACAAACCAUCAAAGUUCCCAAACCAUCAAAAUUCACAAUCGGCAAUAGUUUACAGUGAAAAGUGAAAAGUGAAAUAUUCAAUGAAAUCCGACCGAAUUCUCAAGAAAACACGUAAGUUUUUUUCUCAUGACAAUUAGAGAACAAACUUCUCGAGGCGUGUGUUUUAUGAAUGAAAGACAGCAGAAUGCACUGGAACAUGAAUUGAAAUUGCUCGAGCUCGGAAUGACAGCAUCAUAAAACUCGGCUGCUGUGACUGAUGUAGCCUUCCAGUCAAAGCAUCAGAAAUAGUAUUAGAGCAAGCUCUUAGUUGUUCACUCGAAGGGCUGCCGAUAUAAUAUCUGAGGCUUGCUUCACUGCGAUUACCGGGGAUCGCCAUGAUUAUCUAGCCGCGAUGGACCUCAGCAGGAUCGCAGUAGCUCUGACACUAUCAUUAUUAGUACGAAUUUUAACAGUUAUGCCAGUCUUGCUAUAUUUUUCCUCAUUCCUGUUUUGUUCUGUUUUGUUUUUGAACUCGAAACUAUAUAUACUAUAGGAGUGUUAGCUGUGUUUGAUUUUUAUUACCAUACGUAAGUAUGCAAAUCUAACUGAGCGUUACAAGGUUCAAAACUCAGACUGUCCAUUUCGUUUUCUCUUUGGGACUUCCAUUUCUGCUCACGUUCUGAUAGCGUAAAUUACAUCGCUAGGCAUGUUUACAAACCUUUGUUCGGCCCUUCUGUUGCCACUUGCCGGCUCGCUGUUCUGAAAAUUCACUUUCAAUCAACCAAAAAAAGCUAAGAGGAAGUCCCAGAAAAGGUCGGACAUAGUACAAUCUGGCAGAUGGCGUGACAGCUUUGGUUCAGCUCUAUACAUUGAACUCUGAUAGAGAACGCUCCUUCAACCAAUAACUACUCGCGUUAUAUCCGGACUUGAGAUUGUGCAUACACUUACUCAAAAUUUCCUUUAAUAAAUAGAGAUACGUUUGAUGAGGGAGUGCAUCGCGCGUUAUCGGGAUCAAAGUUACCUUGGAAACUUUCUUUUAGUUUUAAUUUCGAAACCUAUUGUUUAAUUUACAACAAUUUGAAAAAAACAGUCUUUCUCUAUGCAGUUAAGCCAAAAUUGGCUUAGUAAGCACGGCCGUGCAUCCAUAACAUGACGUGUACAAUUUCACCUCUACUGCGAGUUCCCGUCAAGUUUAGCGACGGCGGUUUAUACCUUUCAAGAAUGUUAUUCUUUUCCAUUCCGACUAAGAUAGACCUUUUGGCGCUCAAAAUUAAUAAUAGUUAUGCUUAGCAAUACUCGUUUUGGAAAACAAUGACCGUGUAUCUCUCUCAAACGACAAAAUUAGCUCUGGAGUCAACGAUACUUUUUUUUCCCAAACGCGUUGCUUCACUGAGUCAUUAUGGCUCAAAACAAAACUGAGCUUUCCGACUUCAACUGAGGCUUUGCAACGUUAGGGACUUUUCUUUUCCCUUCUGAGCAGAAGAUUUUACAAUUAUUUGAAUAAAGAUUUUAUCUCGAAAUAUUUCUUGGUCGUUUUUGCUUUGUCCUUUAUCCACAGUUGUUGGUUAGAACAUGAUUACCUGGUAAACCCGACACAGUUGUGAUAAACUCUUUUUUUCGUGCACAAUUUGUGUCUGUAUGUCAGAGUUGCUCUCGGCUGCGCUUGGAGCAACUCUUAAGCUUCUCUCGGCUGCGCCUGGAGCAACUCUUUUGCUUCUUUCGUGGUCUAUAAACGUCGCACGCUAAGUAUGAACUAAUUAUUUAUUUAUCCGAUCGCCUCAGCUCUUGCUUUGCUUGCUAUUUAAAUUAUCUGCGAAUCGAUUGACCGAUCACAUUUCCUGAGAACAUAAACGCGUCAAUUUUCUGUGAAUUCCUCACCGAUCACAUUUUCGUCACAAAAUUCAACCUGGCGUAAGGGCCACUGCAUCCAUACUAUGAUGCACUUUUAGCGUAUUGUCCGCUGGCCAGAUAACAAAGGAAGUGAAAGAUGAGUUGCAUCACUACAGUACAGGCUUAGUUCUUGGAGAAUGUUACCCCUCACCUUAUCAAUCUUUCAUAGAGAAUUAAGAUUAUAUUUAAGUGAUGAUGUAGCUGAUAAUGUGUUGCAAAGAGUGCGAAAAGUGCCUGUCAUUUGUUAAGUACAGCAGCCAGUGUGCUUAGACAUGUAAUCGACGAAUUCACUUUGAUGAAAUGAUGUCAAUUCUGGCAGACGCUGAUCAAAAUUAGCAGACAGUAUCGUUUGCUGUACGUUCAACAGUUGGGUAUAUAACAGUGCUUUCCUAGUUUAAUUCGAGGUAGAAGUUUUGGAUGGGAUGAAUUUUGGUCAAUGUUGAGUGUUUGUGAAUUUUGAAGUUACCCGAGGACAGAGUAGGAAAAAGUAGUUUCUUGGAAAGAAAUUCCUCUCGGAAUGAAUAUUUUCUUCAUUGAAACAUGGUUAACGCACUGACGAUACUGAAUAUUUUAAAAGAGCGUCUCCGAGUCACAUAGUCGUUCAUCUUCCUCGGCCUCAAUAUUCUUAACCGAAAUUUUUUUUUUAAUAAAAGGGUCGCCUUCCAGUGAAGUGGACAGCUUAUGAAGCGCUGUUAUAUGGAAAAUAUACCACCAAAAGUGAUGUGUAAGUCUUGUGCAAUGAAUUUUUAUUCCAUUUUCUUUGCUCUUAACCAUAAAAAUGUACUUGUGGCAGUAGUUUCAUAGCAUGUAUUGAUGGUGUUCCACAAGUCUUUAGUAUAAUCAAAUUAUGUAUGUUGCGAAAAGUUUUAAUACUUUCAAGGGACAGGAAAGCCGAAUGUUUUAAAAUGUCUGAUAGUUAUUGAAUUUCCCGCAUUGUUUUAUUACCUCGUAGAUGGAGCUAUGGAGUUGUCCUUUAUGAGAUUUUUACAAUAGGUAAUAGGUAAUACUUAUUGAUUAGUUUUCCAAAUAAACCCCUCAAGUGUUGAAUAAACGGCUGUGAAUAUAUGAAAGUCAUAUAUUUGAACUGCGGAUAAAGACGAAAAAAUUUUAAAAGCGAUCUUCGUAGUAAUGAACACUACUUAAGGAGUAGUGAAAAGAAGGACUGAAACAAAUUCAGGCCUGUACGGCCUUUUUAUUUGGGUUUAUUUGGAACCAACACAGUGACCAGCUCCCAGUUGGCUUGUUAGCUCAGUUGGUAGAGCACUGCACCGGUAUUGCAGAGGUCAUGGGUUCAAAUCCCGUACAGGCCUGAAUUUUUUUCAGGCCUUCUUUUCACUACUGCUUAAGUAGUGUUCAUUACUGCGAAGAUCGCUUUCAUAUUUUUUCGUCUUUAUCCGCAGUUCAAAUAUAUGACUUUCAUAUAUUCACAGCCGUUUAUUCAACACUUGAGGGGUUUAUUUGGAACCAACACAGUAAAAUGUAACACUUACCUUGCGCUAAGCAAUAAUGUUUCCAAUACACACAAAAUAAUUUUCUCCGUACUUCUAAUACUCGCUUGACUUUACUACCUUGUUGUACGCAACUAUUAACAUCUGUUCACGCGCUCGCGCGGUAGGUGUUUCGAAUAAAUAGGAAGAGUAAAAAUCAGAUAAGAAUCGAUCCGUGGCUUGGGUGCGACCUGACUCAAAUUUGGUGCGAGCCGACUCAAACUUGGGUACAAAACGACACCGGGUACGGAACGAUCGGAUAUAUACCCUUUCAAAGGCGUUCUCUCUAACUAAGAGGACGCAUUCCAUGUCAUAUAUUAAUUUCGAUCAUUUCUCCAUUUUGCCGCAUAAAAUCCAAGCUUAGCUAUAGAAUUGUGCUCGUGAUGCAACAAUGUACAAAGUUUCCUUAUAUCAGGUGGUUCACCGUAUCCGCGGAUGGAUGGCAGGAAAAUUGCCAACUUACUUCAGCAAGGAUACAGAAUGCCUAAACCACAACAUGUGGACGAUAAAUUGUAAGCGGUAAAGUUUCUUUAAGGCUAACACUCUAAUGAGACCUGAAAAUGUUAUUGUGCCUAUGAUUCUACGACUUUUAAGUUAUAUUUAAUAAGUAAUAAGAAAGUCUCAGUCUAUUGCAUUUUUUUCUCGUUCAGUGAUUAAAUUUAUUCCUUACUUUAGGGAGAUUUUCAUUGUUUAAAAUUUGACAUAUAUUAGCAUAUCGAUCAGCAUAUCCACAUUCGAGAAAAUAACCAGUUAAACAAUUUUCGGUGAUAGCGAUGAAUUCAUCGUGAAAACAACUCGAGUGUUUCGUUUCAAUUUUAUCAAAUGCACUUUACGUAUAUUAAGUACCAACCUGUGUUAAAUGAAACGUAGGUAUGACGUAAUGUUGAGAUGCUGGCAAGAUGACCCGGGUAAAAGACCAACGUUCUUUGAUCUUAGAAACCAGCUCAAAACAAUGGAAACAUUACACAAGGUAAACUUUUUACGUUAUAUUAUAAAGGGGACAUUAUAAAAUAUGUCGAAUUAUUCACCUAUAAAAUGUUUAAUCACAUCGAAGUGAUCAGGAUAAACUCGGCAACUAUGUGCCUGUACUCUACAUCAAGUUGCUUAAUCAGCCAACUAAGUACAACUCAAGACUUCGUUUCCUUAGCUGCCAAGCGUUUGAGCAUUUUAGGUAAGGUCAUGCGGAAAUAAAAAAUUAUUGAUGGACAUUAGAGAAAUCCUCCUAUACCUUUCUUUCGUCCACAGAGGCUGAUCAACAUGAAAAUCUAUGACAAGCAGUUGUACGCAAACGUUGAGGACUUGGUGGAGUAG